AUAGCGUUUCCCAUUCCCGUAUCAUAGAGGCCAGAGGUGACUGUUCUGAGCACGUUUCCCAUGAUGCUCUGAAAUACAAGUGUGUCUAUGGAACUGGCCUAUCUGUAAGAAAGCCCUUUAUGAGGUCAUCAUCUCACUCUCACCAGGUCUCCACAGAUGGAGACAUGCAAGCUCUUAAAAACACGAGCCAUCAUGCCUCGCUUUGCAAGCCCUCUUUUAAGAAACAUCAUUACCAGAAAUCCAUUUGAUAAUAUCAAGAGGAAGCAAUGCCUCCAAUAUUUGAAAACCCUGAGAAAACUGCAGUAUGAUGGAUUUAAGACUGUAUAUUUUGGGGAAACCAAUAUCCCUGAAAGUCUGGUAACUGGGGAAGAUUUUAGCAAUGGAUAUUUUAUGCAAACUCCAACUUGGUGUAUUGUGCAUGCUGGCGGUAUUCAAGGAUGGGUGCCCUGGGAGUACCGGAUGUUCCUAAGAGAUGAGUUAUGCGUCAAACAAGAUGGCCUCUUCUUUGAGUUCUGUGAUGUGUUGAAGAAGGCCUAUGGGAAGUGUGCCAUUGUGGUCAAAGAGAGAAGGCUGCAGGAGAUGAGGCCAAAGGAGUCCAAGGUUCAGGUCCAGACCCCAUCAGUCCUUAACUUAACAAGCAUCGUGUGUUGCCCGCAGGUGGCCAAGUCCUGUGGACAUGAACUACUCUCUCUGCCUUCCCUUUACAAUCACCUGAACCCUUUAGACAUAGCCUGGUCAUCUCUGAAGUGGUUCAUCAUCAAUAACAGAAAGAAGGUUUGCUUGCAGUACAUUGACAGUGUCUAUUCUUACCAAUAUAUACUUUUCAACGAUUUAAUUAGCAAAGGGGUUGAAAGGAUAAACCCAAGCAAAUGGAAAAUACUAGUUAGCCAAGUGUGGCAAUGGGAAAACUACUACCUCAGUAAAUUUCCUGAAGGAUGAGUCCUCGCACAAGUGGUGGGCCCAUGCUACAGCAUGAUCUUUGCCCAUGCUCCUGGGCCCAAUUCUGGACCACUGCAGCCAAAGAGACUCCUACAGUGACCCCACAAGGACAGUGUGUGGACUGAGGAGCCUCGGGGUGUUGGUGAAGUGCUUCAAGUUUACUGGAGGUUUUAUUAAAUCUUGUUGUUAAAUUAGCGCUCUUGACUCCCAUCUUGUUUAGGCUGCUUUGAGGACUAUGUUAAUGGAGGAUUAGAGCUAAUCUGGCCCAAAGGAGCUUGGUUGUGAGCAAGGGUGAGCAGACCUAAAGGUGAGGUGGUCAAAAUUUAGGUCUGAGAGAUAAAAACCAAGUAUGCAAUCACAAAACUGUUGGAAUUAAGUAGUGUGCCAACUGUUUCAGCCACCAAAACAACCCAUGGGAAGCCAGCUUGCCAUCAGCUGGAGAUGGGAUCCAAACGGUGGCUAACCAGACUCUUGCCUUCCCACUGCUUGAGGGCAAGCUGGCAGAGGGUGGACGAGACAUCCCAGAAGUUGAAACCCCAUCCAGAUGCUCCCAGGCAGGUUGCGGGUCCCAGCGAGGAGCCUGGAAAGCUGUCGCUGUGAUUGGAUCAGGUGGGACUUGGCAGAUAUACAGGUGAACAGGGCAAGGGGUUUGGGACUCACUUACCCAACCCACAUCCCAGCCCAACUCCAAGAAUCCCAGCAGGUCGCAGGACUUGCCAUGGCGUGACUUCUGGGGCCCUGCGAGCUGAGCCUCUUGCAGCUGAUUCAACGGCACCCUGUUCAGGCUUAGGGGGGCUGCUGGUGUGGCUGCAAGGGCUUGUGGUGGUACUUCUCACUUUUAUAGAAAGAGGCCUGCCUCCCAUUAAAUAUACCAUGAACUUCACUCCUCUUUAUAUAUGUUCAGGCAGUAAUCUUACAAUAGAAGUAACUAUUCCAGAGUGUAUCGAAACAAUUUGUGAGAGUUUCUAAACAAGUGCUAACAGACUUCCUCACCUGUAUGAUGAUGAAGCUGGGUUCCUGACAGCCGACUCCAGAAAGCAUCAGAGUCUCUGCUUGCCUUCCUGCCCUAUCCCUCCCGAAGGUCCCUGGAUUAUUCAUAAAUACUUUGUCGGAUGAAAACAGGGGUUCAGUGCUUUCAGCACCUAAGUGGCAGGCUGCUGAAGCAUUUUGUUACUGUGCAUUUUAUCUGGGGAUGAACUGCUCCCACAGCCUCCAGCCUCUGGGCAUCAGGUAGUUUCGGUUGGUACAUUUCCCACCUUACAGCCGUGGUGCCCCAUUAGCUUCCUGUGGCUGCUGUUACAAAGCACCUCAGACUUGGCCUAAAACAACAGAAACUUACUCUCUCCCAGUUCUCUAAGCCAGAUGUCCACAAUCAGUUCUGCUGAGCCAAAA